UUUUUGUAGUUAUUAUUAUUAAUAAUAAUAAUUAUUAUAAUUAUUGAGUGCUUUAAUUGAAUCGUUAACUUAUAUUUAUUGUUCAUUUUUGUCAACCAAUAUUGUUUUUCUAAUACAUUGAAUUGCAAUUGCAUUUACCAUUCAUUGCAAAAACACAUCUCAUCUCUGGUGCAAAGAAUAUCUUCAAUGUCUUCGUCACUACACAGACAUUAAUGCCGUUUAAUGUGAACACCCGUUAUAAUCAACACAUUAUUUAAUAGCUGUUUAAUUAUAUAGUAAUUGUUUCAUAUAUUUUAACCACAAAAUACACAAAAACCUCACAUUUUUAUAUAUAAUAUUUAUUGAAUAUCCGAUUAUGUCUUCGAGUCCUUCCAGUCGUCGGAACAGAUCUAAUGAGUUGUCGAGUCGGAAGAGUCGGGCCGAUGACUACGAUGACAGCAACAGGGAUGACGGAUCCGAGUUUAACACUCGAGGUCACGGACCGCCCAAAAUCGAGGGAAUGGUGUCUUUGAAAGUGGAUAAUAUCACCCAAAGAACUGGUGUUAAUUUGCUGAAGAAGGUGUUCUCCAAGUUCGGCGAUUUGGGCGACAUAUAUGUGCCGCGAUAUCCCGAUACGUUCGCCAGCCGUGGCUUCGCUUUUGUCCGCUAUUAUCGCAAACGAGACGCCGAAGAGGCGAUGCGGGCGAUGAAUGGCGAGCGAUUGGACGGACGUAUAUUAAGCAUACAAAUGGCCAGAUAUGCGCGACCCAACUCCAAACACGACAAACACGUGUCCUCUAAACGCACUCAUUAUAGCUCAGACAUGCGGAGGAAUGGCACCGGAAGUGGCCGUUCGUAUCGGCGCUCAUCCUAUAGCGACCGCUUCUCGAGGCGCCGGCGCUCGCGAACCCGAUCCCGAUCGAGAGACCGACGAAAGUCUGACGGAAGACACGGAAGAAGUCGAAGCGGAAGUAAAAGUCGAUCAAAGAAGCGAACCUCUCGUUCUCGGUAUCGAUCAAAAAGCAAGAGUCGGUCGCGAAGUCAGAGUCGAAGCCGUAGUCGAAGCCAUAGUAGGAAUAGUUCUAAAAGUAAUGAUGAGUUGAAGACUGAAAUCAAAUGUGAAAAUAACACUGAAUUAGAAGACGAAACAAAUAUGAAUACAAAUAAUAAUAAGUCUGACGUCGAGUCCAAUAAGUCUGUGACUUCGCCCACAAAUAAUGCCGAAGAGAGGAGUCAUUCAAACGGGCGAUAGAUUUUGACAA